AUGGGAUUGCGAAGACGAAAGCGUUCGACUACCAAAGACUACCGCAGGAGUACCCGAGAAACCAGACCCAGAAGUCGCUAUGUGAUUCCCGCAGAGCAUCCCUUGAAGAUUUUGUGGGACAUUUUGACUGUUAUCGUGGCGAUUGCACACUUGCGAAAGACACACGAAGACAUCCGAGACCGACAGUUUGUAUUUGGAGCUUCUCAAUUCAAACUCUUUUGCGAUGCUUGGUUCUUUGUGGACAUUUUGCUCAAUUUUGUUACCGAACGAAGGACUGCAGAAGGAGAAUACCUACGUGAUCACCGUUCGAUUUGUGCCUUGUAUUUGACUUCGUGGUUUCCCAUGGAUAUAUUAUCACUCUUCCCUUGGGAAACCUUGUAUGUCCAACCGUUGAUUGAAAUGCAAAACAAGCGCAGUCCCAUGCAGAAACUAUUCUUUCGAUCGAGAGCAGUCGUGAAAGUGAUUAUCAAUCGGCUCCGAGCGCGGCACUUUCGAUGGUUCGGCAAUGUUGCCAAACAUACCAAGCAGCACGGAGUUGGAUACACACGUCUCUUUCGCCUCCUUGUCAAGUACCUCCCCAAAUACACAUUAUUUUUUCGAAACAUGAAGGGAAUCAUGGCCAUGCGAGUAGUCAGACAAGUUCGAUGGCUGGGCCGUUUCUUUGCCAGUAUCGAAAAGAGCGAUUCCUCCACUGCCUCUCUAUCCAAGGAAGGCGACGUUGAUGAUAUUAGCAGCCGACAAGACGAUGAUGACGAUGCCUCGAAUGAUCUCGACACUCCUCGUAUGAGACUAGACUAUUCCAAAUGGGAGCUAAUGUCGGACGAUGAUGGAGUUUCCAUUUCAGACGAUGGCGUGCCACUCUAA